UAAAAAUAAAAUAUACACGGGAAAACCAUUGAGUUAUAUAUAACUCUGUAAUGUGGGGAAAACCUUAGGGGGGCUGAGCCAAUUGUUUGGGAAAAUCCUUAUUUUGCUCAUGUCAAAACUAAAACAAACACUCAUCUUAAUGUUGAGAAACAGCUAAGAAAAACUUCUUGGUGUACUGUUAUGAAUGCUGUACGAAUUCUAAAGAGAAUCAACAGACGACUGUAACAUACUCAGGCAUGGAUACAGGAAUGACAGAGAAGCAUUGUGAGGUCCUCGCUAAAUGCCGUGUACAAUUCGUCAAGGACCUGAAUCCUGACGAUGUUCUUGACCAUCUCAUAGCCGAUCUCAUAAUCACCUCUGAUGACCAAGAGGAUAUAGCAGCACAGAAAACACGCAAGGAUAGGGUACGCUUUAUUCUGGACCUUCUGCCACAACGAAGUGAUCGAGCUUUCUAUAGCUUAAAGGAAGCCCUCAACGAUGCAGACUCUGGGCAUCGUCACUUGUAUGAGCUACUGGAUAAGACGUUAGAUGAUGUUUCUCUGCCAUGCCCAGUUCAGGCUACAGAUAGUAAGGUGCCAAUGGAACUUGAUCCUCCUCUGGAUCCUCCUCUGGCUCAGAGCAGUACCAGGGCAGGGCAUGACGUGGCAGAACGCUUACGCAAUGGACCAGUAAACCCCAAUCAACCUGUGACUGAGCAACAACUGGCCACCCUCGCUGGGAAAAUUGGAAAAGAAUGGGAAUUUCUGGGUGCGAAACUCGGAAUGAAUGAUAACGAUAUGUAUAAAUUCAAAAUGGAGAACCAGUACAACGCAUGGGCACAGAUUCAAGCAAUGCUUAUUAAAUGGAGGAACCGAGAGUAUAAAAAUGCCACUAUUGGAGUGCUGAUCGAAAAAUGCAAGGAAGCUGACAUUGGAAGGGAUUCGUAUGAAUUCUUAAUAAAUCCAUAAUAGUGCUGGUCAAUCAACUAUUAAAAGUACUUGACAAUUAUUAUUAUUAGAGACGUGUGCAACUCGUGAUUGCCCUUGCACACUGCUCCUCUCCCAAUGUGAGUCUGUGCAGUAGUUAUAUCUGAACCUUUCUUAAAAUUGUUGCUUUGUUUUCUUUUCAAAUGGAUAUGUAUAAUAUUAAUAAUAAUGUUAUACUUGAAAUGUUUAAAGGAUUUGAGGCAUUGCAUGGUGAGGUCAAUGUAUAUUCGGUUGCCUUAACACCAUGUGUGUACUCCGCGGUAGUAGAAUAAGCAAGACAGUUUUCCAAGAACAAACUCUACCUGGCAAGGAGAUACACACAUGGUGUUACCACAAUCCAAAUAUAUAUUGAAAUGUUUAGUUUAUAUUUUAUCUGCUUCUCGCUAUGAAUCUCUUAAUAUUGGUUUUGCGCAUUACAAAUGCCUAUUUUUAUCAUUUUUAUUAUUGUAACCAUGACAUGACUUAAUUUCAGAUAUGGCACAUGCUGACUUGUUUGACUCGGAAUCUGCUUAGCAUGUUAAGUUUAUGUUUACAGUGUAAGCAGAUAAGAGAGUUUGUUAACAUAGAUCACUGUUUAGAGGUCGAUUCCACAAAGAGUAAGGACUAGCCCUAUUUCAUAAUAUGAGAUAUUAAAGACUUGAGGCUAGUCCUAAGUUAGGAUGAGUAACUCGAGAUAUUGAAGACUAGUCUUAACUCUUUGUGAAAUCCACCCCAGUGUAUCCAAUGUAUUUAAUACAUGUACAACCAUUCAGUUUAUUUAGUCCAUGUGUUUAAAAGGCUCUUGGAUGCAGCUGGUAAAACUACUUGUGUCAAUAUUCUUGCUGUAUUCUGAAGAGGACAAAAUAAUUGUGAAUGAGUAGCGCCCUCCAGUGGUCCUGAAUGGAGAGGUUGCUAUUUCAGAAUGGCAAUGUGACAUCUUGUGUAUUCUAGUACUAGACUAUCCUUGUGUAUGCAUUGUUUGCUUAAAAGUUUUGCAAUUGAAUAUAUUAACAUGAAUAAAAUUCCCCCUCCA